GCAGUUGACGAAGAACUGCACCUCGCCGCUCAUGACGCAGCAGUUGCAGCGUCGCAGCAGCAGCAUCAGCAACAGCAGCAGCUGCUGCUGCUGCGCAACAGCUGUGGAGACUUAGCGGAGUACCAGCAAGCCCUGUCUGAGGUGUACAGACACCUCAGCCGCCUCUUCGACUUGCGGCUGCAGCAAGCAGCAGCAGCAGAACUCGCGCUGCUGGCAGCAAGAGUUCCCUAUUUGUCUCGCUUGCCGCAGCACCUCCCUCUGCAUCACGACCAGCAGCAGCAGCAGCAGCAGCAGCAGCAGCUGAUGCUGCAGCAGGAGGCGCAGCAGCGUCAGCAGUUCUUUUUGUCUGCUGUGCUCGACGAAAUUGCUGCCCGCAUGAUACGAAUGGGCGCUGACGCAGCAGCAGCAGCAGCAGCAGCAGCAGGAGCAGCAGAGCCCGCGGAGCAGACUGCAGCAGCAGCUGAGACAGCAGCAGCAGCACGCAGCGACGACGAAGCCGCAGCCUUGCUGCUGCUGCUGCUGCAGCUGCUGUCAGCAGCGCCAGCCUCUUACUGGACAUCUUUGAGAAGCAGCUGGGGAGAUGCAGCAGAGGCAGCACUUUGCUGCUGCUUUAAACAUUUGCUGCUGUUGUUGCAGCAGCUUUCUUUUGCUGAGUUCGUUGGCUGCCUUGCUGCAGUCGCCCGCUUAGAUUUGCUGCGGCCUCUGCAGCCAGCUGCUGCAGUAGCAGCAGCAGCAGGGCCUGCGGAAUAUACCGCUGCGGCGCAGCAAGAACAGAAGCAGCAGCAGCAGCAGCAGCAGCAGCAGUUGUUCCUGCAGCACCAGCAGCAGCUAGGACACUUACUGCCGGGCUCUCCCCCGCAACAAAACGCCAGCGAUGGAACUGGCAGCAGCAGCAAAACUGCAGCAGCAGCAGCAGUUGCUGCUGCUGCUGCUGCUGUCUUCCAGGUCAUCAGGGAUGCAGUGUAUGUACAGCUGCACACUCAUGCUGCUGCAGCGGACCCCAUUCAGGUUGCUUCCUUGCUUUGGAGCUUGAUGGCCCUGCGGUGUACCGACGUCUCAGUUCUCUCUCUUCUCUUUGAGCGGCUUGAGGCAUGGGCCAGCAGCUGCCCGCCCUCUGAACUGCAGCAGCCGGCCACAGUGUAUCGCCUGGCCACAAGUUGGCAGCAGCUGCAGGAGGGCGCGCUGAAGGGCCUAGGGAACACACUGGCGAGGAGGUUUCCUGCUGCUGCUGCAGCACUGCAGCAUUUGGUGGAGGAGCAGCAGGCUGCGAGGUGCAGCAGCAACAGCAGCAGCAGCAGCAGCGGCAGCAGCAGCGGCAGCAGCAGGGCAAUGCAUGCGGUGGCGUGGGCAGCGGUACAGGCACCGCUGCUGCAGCUGCUGCAGCGAGCUGCUGCUUCCCCUGCUGCUGCUGCGGCCCCUACUGCUGCUGCUGCUUCUGCUGCUGUUGCUGCUGAGCCUGCUGACGACCCCUUGAGAGAAAUGAAACCCUUCGGGAACGUAGGCGUUGCAGUCGCCUUCCCUUCAAGACGCCUCGUUAUGGCCCUUGCCGCUCCGGGUGCAGCAGCAGCAGCAGCAGCAGCAGCUCCCCUGCAUGCAGCAGCGGGGCACCUGGUACCCGAUUUAGUCUCUGCUGCGCACCUCGCACCCCUUAUCUUUGAGCAGCAGCAGCAGCAGCAGCCACAGCAGCAGCAGCAGAAGCCGCACCAGCAGCAGCAGAAGCCGCACCAGCAGCAGCAGAAGCCGCAGCAGCAGCAGCGGCCUGAGCAGCAGCAGCAGCAAGAGCCGCAGCAGCAAGAGCCACAGCAGCAGCAGCACCCGGAGCAGCAGCAGCAGCAGCAAGAGCCUCCGCAGCAGCAGAUGCAGCAGCAACUAUUGAUGGCCGUCUGCGGGCAGCAGCAGCAGCUGCUGCUGCCUUCUCUCGCUGCUGACUUGUGGUGUACAUACACCUCAAACAGACUCGCUAAUGAAGCGGAAAGCAAAGGCUUCAGGUUGCUGCUCAUAGAUCCAACAGAGCCCCAAAUUGCUGAGCAGCAAAUCGCUGAGGCGUUCGGGAGGGUUUAG